AUGCCUGGACCGUAUACGUUUUCGCCAUCGCAUACACGUGGAGACUCGCGGAAUAGCUGCUUCGACGCAACGAGGCGGUACUCGCUUGCGUCUGAAACCAGUGGUCGCCAGGUGAUUGACUCGGAUGCGCACGAGACCCGGAAGCGAUCGCGAUAUGGCGACAACGCUGCGCCAGGCUCUUGGGGCGACUAUCCCCUGAGCAACAACCGCUUCGUCAACAACAAGAGUCCGCCUCCGCUCGCAAACGAUCGCUACGAACUCGCUGGGGGGAUGGAUGGACCGCAGACAUUCGGACGGCGAGACGGCGACUACGACGACUACUUCAACCUCCAAAGCCAACGCGGCACCUGGUCUGUACCACCAACUCCCCAGGUUGGCCUUUCUACGCAGGCGGCGGCUGGAGAGAUGCACACAACACCGAAUGGAAGCAAGGCUUGGUCAUUGAUCAGCCUUGUAGGCGGAGUAGCCGGCAAGCUGUUUGAGUUUUGCACGGUACCUUUCCGCGGCUUCCAAGCAGGCAGUGGACAGAAAUACAACAUCGACUCGAAUGCGGAUGUGGCCGAGAAACUGGGUCUUCAGGACGAUCCCUACCACCCAGGACCCGUCCAGCAACCAACCCCAGGCACAUUCCCGCGCGACGACUACGGCAUCCAACCAUUUCCCUCCAUAACCCCGGAGCGCCCGCGAUUAGCAAAACGCCUGCGCACAACAGACAACUGGGUCAUGGUCGGCGCAGACUGCGAAAUGGAAUCCCGACCAGGCACACCGCGCCUAUCCGAGCGACGUCUCCCCGGCCACGGCCGCUCGCCCUCGUCCCAAAUCCCACGCCCUGUCUCCCGCGCAAACCUCUCCACCCCCUCUCAAAAGCGGCCCUCCUUAAUCCCCGUCUCCCGCCGCUCAACAACAGACCGUCGCUCCCUGCACAGUCCCGCUCCUUCACUCUCAAAAUUCUCCCCCGGCACCCCUGCAUCUUCGCGCUCAUACUCCCGUCUUAGCUACGGCUCUCCUACUGCGUUUUUCGAUAAGAAUACUAGUGUGGCGAGUCCGUUGCCGCAGGAGAGCCAACGCUUGAUUGAUAAGGUGAGGAGGGAGGAGAUGGAGGAGGAUGAGCGCAUGCGGAGGAUGAGCUUGCAAAUGUCGGCUAUGCUGAAGGAGGCAAAUGAGGCGCUCGGGGCGAAGUUUGAAGUGGAGAUGUUUGAUGAUGAUGAUUUGUGA